AUGGAACCAACCCCCUCUCUACUGCAUCAAUACACAUCUCUCUCCGAGAAGUUCUUGAAUCUUGAUCAACAAUACAAUAUCCUCGAUGAAAGCUACAAACAAAUGCAGGAUCUGAAUGCAUACCAGAAAGCGGACCUGCAAAAGAAGGACAAAUACAUACUUGACCUUGAAGUGGCCCUAGACAAGAGACAAAAUCGCAUCGAAGCUAUGAUAACAGAGAUAAGUGAUCUCAAAGACAACAUUUUUGAUCUGAAUGAGGAUCUACGAGAUACACGAAUCAAACUGGAGGAAGCAUCCAAGAAACUCAAAGAUCGUGAUUCCCCCUUUGACUAUACAAAGGGCUUCUUCUACCUCACUCUUGGUCUCGACGCAACCAAGACAUAUACAGACAUGGAGAUCAAACAGGCUUUCAGAAUGAUGAGCAAGUACAAACACUCGGACAAAGCCAGAGCGGGUAUCUGCAGCGAUGAGUCCCGGACCAUAGUCGAGGCAAAGGAUUACCUUCUCAAUGGGAGAUGCGACUUGAAGCUCAAUGAGCCUGCGACCAUGUACCGAGAGCUCUUCAAGUUGAGACAGGAGGAGUACUUCAAGGCAUUGUCAACGCUAUUCACCACCGAGAGGCAAAGGAACGACCUUGAGCAGAAACUCGAGAGGGCCAAAGAGCGGCACGAAUCUGACCAUCAGACCAUCUCAAACCUGAUGCGUGAUAUUGAGCAGGUGAAGCAAAGGCCAUGCAAGGGUGAUCAUUUCGAGAGGGUUUCAGAAGAGGCCAAGGCGGAGGUUGCCAAGGUUCAACGUGAGCUCGAUGGGGUGAAGCAGGAGCUGAAGAUGAAGGAUGCGCAGCUAAUUUUGCAAUCCGACUUGAUGCAGACCAUCUCAAUGCUGGAGAAGGAGAAGGAUGGUUUUGUGAGGGCUGCAGAGAAGGCCAAGGCGGAGGUUGCCAAGGUUCAACGUGAGCUCGAGACGAAGAAUUCGCAGCUAGAAUCAGCAUCCAACUCCAUCUCGAUGCUGGAGAGGGCUGCAGAGAAGGCCAAGUCGGAGGUUGCCAAGGUCAAACAGGAUCUCGAGACGAAGAAUUCGCAGCUAGAAUCAGCAUCCAAUUCCAUCUCGAUGCUGGAGAGGGCUGCAGAGAAGGCCAAGUCGGAGGUUGCCAAGAUGAGGCCAAAGCAGAAGCCCUGUUGA